GGCAUGGUCACCAGAGUUCAUCAGUCGACCAAGCGGCGAAGUCAAGAGUGGAUUUUAGAUUAGCGAGGACAACCGAGUAACACAUUACAUCACCAUCAUGAAAUUCUACCUGGGACUGGCUGCGAUCUUGGUCGUGAUGGUUUCGCUGGCCAAACCGGGAGAGGCCACCUUUGGCAAGCUGAAUCUUCUGCUGGGCGGAGCAACCAGCUCUGGCUACGGUUCUGGAUAUGGUUAUGGUUCCGGCUAUGGCUCUGGCUACGGAUAUGGAUCAGGCUAUGGAGGAGGCUACGGAGGAGGAUACGGUGGCGGCUAUGGAUAUGCUCCCGAGAACGUGGUGAAGGUGAUCAAGGUGUCGGUUGUGCCGGGAGGAGGAGUCGGAGGAGGCUAUGGUGGUGGCUAUUCCGGCGGCUUUGGCGGUGGCUACGGAGGCAGCUACUCCGGCGGCUUUGUGGGAGCUGCCCCUGCCAUAUCCACUUCCGCCGUGGUUACUCCGGUGGUCACUUCGGUGUCUACACCAGUGGCUACUCCCGUUUUGGCAGGUGGUGCCGGCUAUGUGGGUGGUUUCGGUGGUGGCCUGACCGGCGGCUUAGGUGGCUACGGCGGAUCCUUCGGUGGUGGUGCCGCCCUGCCCGCCUCCUAUGGAUUUGGAGCUGGUUAUGGCGCCGGUGGUGGCUUCGGACUGGGAUUCGGAGCACCAGUACCACCACCACUGGGCUUGGCUGGAGGACUUUGCUAGAGAACGAGCAAGCCACAUCACAAAGUGGUAGUUUUUUUUUGAUAAUUUUAAACAACGAUUUGUAAUUAAAAAUAAACGA